AUGGUUAACACUGCAUAUCCUACUCCUUUGAAGACUAUUUUAAAGACAACCCCUGCUUUCGUUGUCUAUUUUGUUUUCGGUUUGGGUUUCUCUACUGUUAUCUACGAUGUUGUUUAUCAUCCCAAAGAUCGUAUUGAGAGAUUCUACUUCAGAUCUAGCAAGUUUGAAAGAUUAUCAAGAAAGAGAGAUGAAAAGUUAAGACAUUACUUCAAGCCUGCUAUUGAGUGGUAACCUUGGUACAAUACUUCUACCAACAACAACACUAGACCUCUUCUCAGAUAUUGA